GGGUGGUAGUUCCUCCCGCCCCGAGCGAGAGAAGAUGUCCGAGGUGCGGUUCCCCCCAAUUCGGGCGCUGGAUGAUUUUCUCCUGGGCUCCACUCGCUUGGCUGCCCCGGACGUGCGGGACCUGCAGCGCUGGCACAAUCGCGUGAUUAACAACCUCCUGUACUACCAGAGCAAUUAUCUGCUGCUGCUGGGCGCGGGGCUGCUGCUGGGCGGGUACUUCCAACCCAUGCUGAUUCUGCUAAGCUGCCUCUUGAUAGGCCUGCUGUUUGGAGGAUUCGUGUGGGCAGCUGAGAACAAGCCUUCCGUACGACGCUUCCGGCGGAAUUACCCUGGCACAUGUUUCUUUGCUAUCCUUGGUUCUGCGUAUUUCCUGGUGUCCCUUUUCGAAGGCUCUGCCACCUUCCUGAUUUUCAUCGCUCUGCCCAUAAUGUUGAGCCUCAUCCAUGCCUCCCUGCGUCUGCGGAGCCUUAAAAACAAGAUUGAGAACAAAAUCGAGAACAUUGGACUCAAGCGCACACCGAUGGGGCUGCUCCUGGAAGCUGUGGGCCAAGAACAAGAGGCUGGAUCCUAGACCAUCAACCUUGGUUUCCAUUCCCUCUGGAACUACUCUCUUCCCUUCCAACAGACGCCUGCGUGCUUAUUGUUCAGCUUGCCUCAAUCUAGCAACCUGGCUGUGAGUUCCUGUGGAAGAGCCUCUAGCUUACAUCAAACUCAGCAGAACUACAACCGGGUAACAGCCAAGAGAGGAGAUGGACUGAAAUCAGCCUAACAUUCCAGUUUAAUGUUAAGUAUUCCCCAUUGGAAUAAAUAUUUUUUUGCUUUGGAAAGGAAGGCAUCACAAAGAAAGAAAACUAUAAUUUAAAAAAAAAACUCCGUAGUAAAUUGUUGGUUUAGAAUACAUAGUUGCUGGUUGAGAGAAGGACAAAAAUUGAAAUCAGAACCAAAUGAAAUCAGUGUUGUUCUAAAUUCAGCUUUUUUCCCCACAAGAUAUGGUCCAGAUAUGUCGAGACUACAGUUUCCAAAUGCUCCAGUUAGCUGAGAAUUUUUGAAUUGCAGGAGGCUGUAGAUAGCUGGAUUAUUAUUGGUGGGCUUUCAAUGUAUUAUUCAUUAUUUGCAUAAUGCCGCUGCUCAAAGGGCUUCAGAAAACAGUAUUAGGGCUACUUUGUGUAGGAACCCCGUUACUUAGGCCAGUAUCAUUUAUCCCUUGUAGAGCAGAAAUCUUCAGCACCACCCCCAUCCACCCUCUGGUAUGUUCAUAGCAGAGCUGAGGCUGAAAUGGGGGGAGUUUGGAUUGUCUUGCUUACUCUUGGGACUGUGUCCCCUCAUCUGUAGAGGUUUUGGGCUCUUGGUAUUCAGAUGGAGGCAGCAAGUAAAGCAACUUGGAUGAGGUUUGGCAGUGGAAGGGAGCAAGCCAAUUUUGAGAAGAUUUAGCUAAAUCUUUGAAUGAAUGAUGAAGGCUAAUCAUUUGCAAAUCUUAAGAGGAUUCUUUUAUGAAUGCUUUUGAGGGAAAGGGAAGGCUAACUCCCAAGUGCUGGUAAAGGAGACUAUUUGAUGUGCAAAAAACCCACAAAAUGGCAUCAAAUGGGUAAUUUGUUUAUUUUAAUCCCUAUAUUAGCAUCUGUUUAUAUUUUUGAAGCCCAGAUUUGAUCACUUUAAUAAGAUAUUGCAGACUAUACAUUCCACUUCAAAGGUGUGGAGCUGCCCCUACUUUUGAGUAUAUUUAACAAGCAAAAGAACUUUUGUCUCUUUCCAAGACCAAAUUAGGAAACUUCAAAACUUUGUCUUGACUCGUGAAUGGCAAUAAAGUGCAAUUCAAUUUGUUUACUUUUAGAUUAGCUUAAUGUGCACAGUAUAGUUAGUAGAACAGGGUGUGUAAAGCAUAAUCACAAAUCAUAAUCCUAAAAUCUGGCUUUGCAUUAUGUGCAAAUGCAAAAUAUUUUAUCUCACAACAAUCCUCUCUAUUCAGGUCAUUUGGAAUUCAGAUGGUUCUCGUACAAAACUUCAGAGAAGAGACCAAACCACAGUUCUAAAUAGUAUACAAUACAUACAAAAUGGGGUGUUAAAAUACUGAUUGUAUUCUUUUGAUCAUGCUGUUUUGAAAAGAAUGGAAAGAAGCAAUAAUUAAAUUUAUGUAAUUUUGCUUGAAAAGGAUUUUCCAUAUAAGCUUUUAUGAUAGUUAAGAAAGGAGUUCUUUGAAUCUAUACUUCCUGGAGGGUUUUUUUGGCCUUCUAGAAAGUCCUUGUUUGCUUUUAGCAGGAAAUAACAAGCAUUAACUUAGCGUCUGAUCAAGCUAUUUAGGCUGGUUCGUUCCAGUCUUUUCAGCCUUAAGUGAUCAGUGGGGUUGGGUGGAUGUCUGGGGAGUUGCAUCUGGAACUGCAUGAGGGCAGCUUCAAUUUGCCUUUGUACUUGGUAGAAUAUGUGCAAUACCCCAGAUGUAAUUUUUGUGUUCUCAUGACAUCUGCUGCUUGUUGGGUGUUUUACUUUUCCCAAGCCAGGAUCUUUGAUAGCUCACUUCAGCUAUCAAAUCUCAUUGGACUACUGGCUUUUCAUGUAUUUAGAACAAUUCCCAAGUCCCUUGGGUGAGCUUGAAGGGAAAAUGCUUCAAAAUAUGUAAGGUAUGGAUCAUAAACUGACCUAUACAGGUUACAACAAAAAGUUUUUCUGAAUUUGCAAAACAAUUUGCACCGUAAACUAAUCACUUCAGCUGGAUUCAUACAAUUCAUUGUGAUAAAAUGCAGUUGACCAGUGGGUGAAACCAGUGGAUACUUCUCUUGAAGUGAUUUGCUGACUUUGUUCAGCCUUUUGCUUCCCACUUUAAUAUGGAGGAAAAUUUAAGAGUUGUUAAUCAGGUUGAGAUCAGUUUGCUCAAACUGGGGCAGCUGGAAUUGGAAUUCUCAUGAUAGGGUCAGUAUUUAGGCAGUAUGGAUUAUAAUCAAACCCAACUGGAGGCACCACAUUGGUUAUCCUAGCAGAGGACUUCUUGGUAUCUGGUUUGCAAUUCUUGAUAUAGCCAUUAAGUUAGAGAUGUUCUGCUUAAGACAUAAGUAUCUAUAUUUGUCUUCCUGCCUGCAUAGUUUUGCAGUAGGUAAGAAACUACAUGGCACUAUUGUCUACCAAGUUGUCAUGAGGCAUGAUUUAAAAGGGCUUUUUUCCCUCUUAAGUCAUACCUGGAUGAAUCAAUUAAGCCUCUUGCAACCAUACUAGAGGAUGCAAAGCAUGUAUGCCACUGUUUGUAGGUCUGCAUACUAGGCUUUUGGGGAAAGGGAAAGCAAUUAACAGAUGCUUUAUUCUAAGUGGGAGAUUGCAGUUUGUGUUUUUCUGAAAGAUGUUCUUAUCACUCACAAUCCAGUCAAAUUAUGUAACAAGUAUUGAUACAUAAUCUCAGUGGUAGAUUGUGAAUGUUCCCUCAUUCUUUAGAGCAGGGCAGUCAAACUCGCAGUCCACGGGCCGGAUGCAUCAUGCGCUGGCCAUGUCCACGCCCAGUUUAGCAAAGGGGGAAAAAGUUCCGAUAGGUCAUGUGACGCCGCCCUGACAAUGUGAGUUUGACACCUCCUGCUUCAGGGGCUGCAUGUAGAACAUGCAGGUACAAACCCAACCCCCUAAUUGAAGUUGAACUAAAAUGUCUACAGCUGCAGUUUGAAGGGAUCGUUGCUUUUCGUUUUGGGAUUUCUAGCUGGGUUACUGAAAGAGAUGGGAAGUGGCUUUUUCUCCAUUUGCUUAGCUCUGGGAGGUGUGUCUGAGAGGUUUGAUUGGAAGAAAUCAUGUAUCUGGCGGUGAAGAGUGUCCCUCCACCAAACGGUCUGUUGAAGGAUGGAGAAUGCUGGUUUCACCAAAUGUCUCUGUCUUUAAAGCUUGUUAAUUACAGAAGUGAAUGCAGCCUCCCUCUGUUUUUAUACUUUUAUAUGUGCCAAAAUCACUAGGACGUCUUUCCAACUAGCAAUAAAAUUGGAGAAAGGUUUUCAACUGUUUGUAAUCAUGAUUGUUUAGAUGAAGGUUUAAAGUGUUACUUUAACUUUUUGUGGUGUUGUGGUCUGUACAUAAAUGCAGUUUUAUUGCAGAAGAGUCAGCUUUGAAGAUUGCUUCUCAUGUGGAAAUCCUCAAAUUUGGAUGAAAGGAGCUUUUCAGAAAAAUACACAGAUCUUUUUUUUUAAUCAUUGCCCCAAUCUGUACGGUGAACAUUCAGGUCCAGAUGCACAUGAGGGAGACCAGGAAACAGCAUGGAGUUAAUUUUUCUCAGAAACCAAACAAACAGCAUUGUACAAUUUAAGUGUACCAGUUUAAACUCUCUACAUAUGGGAAAUAAAGUCUUGUGAUUUUCACGACA